AUUAGUUCCUUGAUCGUCCUGUGACCCUAGCACUUUGGUUAAGCCUUCUGUCCUGUGCAAUUAAGGUAGUGAGACCCGACGCAUGGGGAGCUCGGGGGAGUGACAAGCCAGAUGGCUAGGCAUUAUUUUGGACUUAGAUUUUUGUAGUUAGGCCAUGGCUCUGAAACGGCGUGGGCGCACGAGGGGUAGCCGUAAGGAUCAGGGCACUCCUCCGAUCCCAGUUGCUAGUCCACCUACCCAAGCUGCUCCGCAGGAGGGAAGGACGAGCAAUCCUCAAUUGGCCACCUUUGUUCAAGAACUUAUGGCGGAGAUAAGACACCAAGUAUCUCCUGCCACAAGUGUGCCACCUCCAUCCCCGGUGGUCUCCACUCCUACGGCCCCUGCUCCAAUUUCCCCUGUUCCUAUCUCUUCUGCUCCUGCUGUGGGAUCGUGGAUCACCGAGGUGGAGCGGGGAUUCCGCCUACUGCAGGUUUUUGAUGACCUUAAGGUCAACGUAAGCAGUUAUAUGCUUACUGGGAAAGCAUUAACUUGGUGGGAGAGUUAUCUGAAGCUACACCAAGGAGAGCCCGAAUUGAGCACCUGGGAUGGUUUCAAAAAGGUAUUCAUGCAAGAGUACAUACCGAAUAGCAAAAGGCGGGAACUGCAAAGGGAAUUUGCAGAUUUAAAGCAAGGGUCAGGUACUAUUAAACAGUACAAGGAGGAGUUUGACCGCUAUCUGCCUUUUGUGGGUAGCCAAGUUGGCGAUGAGCAAGCCAAGGCCGACAAAUUUCUGUGGGGCUUGAAUUUCGAUAUUUAUUUGGCGGUAAACCAAUUUAAACCCACCACUUAUCGGGAGGCAGCGGACAGAGCCAUAGACCAGGAGAAGGCUAUGGCUAGGGUCAAGUCCUCAGAACAGCACGGUGUUGGGUCAUCCCUGGGGAAGAGAAAAUUUGAUAGGAGCCGUAGGCCCUUUGUCCUUGCACCGCCUAAGCCUGAUGUCAGCAAGGGUUUUAAAGGCGCAGGAGCCACCCAGACUGGGGGCCAGGCAUCCACGGCCCAACGUGCUCGCCCUACUCCACCUAGUUGGCACUUUUGUGGGAAGGUUGGGCACACCCAUGAUCAGUGCUACUUUGUUACUGAAGCUUGCUUCAAAUGUGGCAAGCAAGGACAUCAGAUUGCAAAUGCAAGAGUUCACGUGAUGACCCAUCAGGAAGCUGCGGCUACUGACGUAAUCACGGGUACUUUGCCUGUCAACUCUGAUUUUGCACAUGUUUUAUUUGAUUUGGGUGCAUCGCACUCCUUUAUUGCUCGAUCUUAUGUUUUGAAACGAGCUUUGCCUGUUGAUACCUCUGAUUGUGAACUGCAUGUGGACACCCCUUUAGGAGGGGUGAUGACUACUAGAGAUGUGUGUAGAACUGUGAAUAUUUAUAUUGAUGAUAGACAGUUGGGUGUUAGCCUGUUUGUUUUAGAUCUUUCUGAUUUUGAUAUCAUUUUGGGGAUGGAUUGGUUGUCAAAACAUUUUGCCUCUAUAGAUUGCCAACGGAAAUGGGCUCGGAAAUAUCUUGUAAAUGGUUGCCAGGGUUUCCUAGUCUCCGUUACUGAUGCUAGUAGUGUGACAUCGAGACUAGAAGACAUACCGGUGGUGCGUGAGUUUCCAGAUGUACUUCCGGAGGAUCUCCCAGGUUUACCUCCGGAUAGAGAGGUUGAAUUUGCUAUUGACCUUGUUCCUGGCACCGGACCUAUUCCCAAAACACCAUACCGUAUGGCUCCUGCAAAAUUAAAGGAAUUAAAGAUUCAGCUGGGGGAACUCCUUGAGAAAGGGUUUAUACGCUCGAGUGUGUCACCUUGGGGAGCUCCAAUGUUGUUUGUUAAGAAGAAAGAUGGGAGCAUGAGACUAUGCAUUGAUUACCGGGAACUAAAUAAGGUGACUGUGAAGAACCGGUAUCCCCUUCCUAGAAUUGAUGACUUGUUUGAUCAGCUCAAGGGUGCCCAGGUGUUUUCUAAGAUUGAUCUCCGAUCUGGUUACCACCCGUUGAAGAUUAAACCCGAUGAUGUGUCGAAGACUGCCUUUUGCACCCGUUAUGGUCAUUAUGAAUUCCUAGUUAUGCCUUUUGGCUUAACAAAUGCCCUUGCCAGAUUUAUGGAGUUGAUGAAUCGGGUAUUUAGCCAGUACCUAGACAAGUUUGUGGUUGUCUUUAUUGACGACAUUUUGGUCUAUUCUUCUAGCCAUGCUUUUCAUGAAAAACACUUAAGGACAGUCCUCGAGACAUUGAGAAGUGAGAGGCUGUUUGCUAAAUUUAAGAAGUGUGAAUUUUGGCUAGACAAUGUUGCAUUCCUAGGUCACGUUGUGACUAAGGAUGGAAUCUCUGUUGACCCCCAGAAAAUUGAGGCCAUGAUGAAUUGGAAAAGGCCGAAUAGUAUCGUAGAAAUCCGUAGUUUUCUGGGAUUGGUUGGUUAUUACCGCAGAUUUGUGGGGGAUUUUUUUAGAAUUGCUUUGCCAAUGACUCGUCUUAUCAGGAAAGACACCAAGUUUGAGUGGACUCUAGAGUGUGAGAAGAGCUUUUUGACCCUUAAGGAGAAGUUGGUCACUGCUCUUGUACUUGCAUCCCAAUCAAUGGGGAAGGAUUCACCAUAUAUAGUGAUGCCUCUAAAAGGCUGUGAUAUUUGCACUCAAGAUCUGGAGGAAUUAUUAUACGGUGAGACUUGUGAGAUUUUCACCGAUCACAAGAGCCUUAAGUAUAUUUUCACUCAAAAGGAGCUUAAUAUGAGGCAGAGGCGAUGGCUUGAACUUUUAAAUGACUACGAAUUGACCAUUAGCUACCAUCCGGGCAAAGCUAACAAAGUAGCAGAUGCGUUGAGUAGGAAGUCCUCUAGCACUGCCUCUAGCGUCCUUGCCACUCAGAAGGAGUUACUUGAGGAUCUUGUGAAACUGGAUGUGGAGUUGAGAGUGGACAGUACUACAGCUUAUCUAGCUGUUCUUAGUGCACAGCCAACAUUAAUAGAUAGAAUUAAACUUGCCCAGCAGAAAGAUCCUUUCUUGCAGAGGAUGAAGGAAAAAGUAAAAGCCGGGGAACCCCACAUGCAAGAAUUCAGAAUUUCUAAUGAUGAGAUUCUGUGGUUUGGUGACAAGCUGUGUGUACCAAGAGAUCAUGCUUUAAGGCGUGAGAUUAUGGGAGAUGCCCAUUAUACUAGCUAUACAAUUCACCCAGGUAGCACUAAGAUGUAUCGUGAUUUGCGUGGUACAUUUUGGUGGCGGAACAUGAAGAGGGAGAUAGCUAGAUUUGUCUCACAAUGCCUGACUUGCCAGAAAGUCAAGGUUGAACACCAGAGACUUCUUGGGAAACUGCAGCCUUUACCUAUUCCCCAGUGGAAGUGGGAGAACAUCACCAUGGACUUUGUGACGGGCUUACCACGAACCUUGAAAGGUAAUGAUUCCAUCUGGGUCAUCGUUGAUCGAUUGACCAAAUCAGCUCACUUCUUACCUUACCGGAUUGGCACCUCCAUUGAGAAACUUACCAAUAUGUACAUGAAUGAGAUAGUCAAACUGCAUGGAGUCCCUGUGUCUAUUGUGUCAGAUAGAGAUACCAGAUUUUUAUCUCAUUUCUGGACAAGCUUGCAACAGGCACUUGGUACUCAAUUAAAUUUCAGCACGGCCUUUCAUCCUCAAACUGAUGGGCAAUCUGAGAGAACUAUUCAGAUACUUGAGGACAUGUUAAGGGCUUGUGUUUUAGAUUGGAAGGGUUCGUGGGAUCAACACUUAUCCAUGGCUGAAUUUGCAUAUAAUAAUAGUUAUCAAUCCAGCAUCCGCAUGGCGCCAUUUGAGGCUUUGUAUGGUCGAAGGCAAAAAAGCUAUGCAGAUAGAAGGAGACGAGACCUUGAGUUUGAAGUUGGUGACCAUGUAUUUUUGAAGGUGUCACCCAUUCGAGGUGUCCUUAGGUUUGGCAUCCAGGGAAAAUUGAGUCCGAGGUAUAUUGGACCAUAUCCUAUCUUGGAAAGGAUUGGCGAGGUAGCUUAUAGAUUGGAGUUGCUUGGAAAUUUAGCGGGUGUUCAUGAUGUGUUUCACGUGUCCUUACUUCGGAAGUAUGUUCCCGACCUGAGUCACAUCAUUAAUCUUGAACCAAUUCAACUGCGGGAUGAUCUCACUUAUGACGAGCACCCAAUCCGUAUUUUAGAUUUCAAGGAGAGGAUAAUGCGGAAAAGGACCAUUCGUUUUGUUAAGGUCCUCUGGGAUAACCAUUCGGAUGAAGAAGCUACUUGGGAGUUGGAAUCCAAGAUGAGGCAGGAACAUCCACACCUCUUCCAAGAUUGAGGUAAGUAAAUUUAUGGUAAUACCCGUACAGUUUUUAAAAGCAUGUUUUGAUUUGUUUUUGAAGUUGUAGCGGGACUAAAUCCGUUUUAUACAAAAGUAAGUAUGACUGAUUUGAAGUGAAAUUUUUAUACUUUUCAUUAAAUUUGAGCAUGCCUACUUAAAAUUUAAUUGAUUGUCCUGAUGAUUUGAAAGUGAUUGGUGAAUUAUGAUUUUUCUGUUAACUUCUGCCUGUUUUGUCUCCGAUGUGGUCAUGUUAUUAGUGACCCUGCUAGUGGGGGUUAAACGCUAGCACAUGUCGACAUGUUAGUGAUAGAAUCGGUUCAUUCGAGUGACCCUGCUAGUGGGGGUUAUACACCAGCAAAUAGUGCGUCUGCCAAUGGGCGAAUACAUUGGUAAUUACUGACGCCUGCCAGUGGGUGGUUUAUAACACUGGCCAUGACCUAUAGAGGAGACGUCUAUUUCGUUCCCGUACAGUAUCCGUUUUUCGUGAUUGCACACGUUGGCAUGCUGUAGUGAGACCCGACGCAUGGGGAGCCCGGGAGAGUGACGAGCCAGACGGCUAAGCAUUAUUUUGGACUUAGAUUUUUGUAGUUAGGCCGUUAGUCACUCAUGUUCGACUUAAAAAUUUUUGUGUACAGAACUUCCUUAGUUUUAGUCAUGAUCAUAUAUAUGAAGUUAUAAAUUUUGUACAUCUUG